CUCUACUGGGGCUUCUUUUCUGGCCGGGGCCGUGUGAAGCCAGCGGGGCGCUGGCGAGAAGCCGCCUGGCAGUUGUGCGACUACUACCUGCCCUAUGCGCUGGGCGGUGGCUACGUGCUCUCGGCUGACCUGGUGCACUACCUGCGCCGCAGCCGCGAGUAUCUGCGCGAGUGGCACAGCGAGGACGUGUCUUUGGGCGCCUGGCUGGCACCAGUGGACGUGCAGCGCGAGCACGACCCGCGCUUCGACACUGAGUACAAGUCCCGAGGCUGCAACAACAAGUACCUGGUGACACACAAGCAGAGCCCGGAGGACAUGCUGGAGAAGCAGCGCUCCCUGCUGCGUGACGGCCGGCUCUGCGCGCAGGAGGUGCAACUGCGCCUCUCCUAUGAGUAUGACUGGUCAGCACCGCCCUCGCAGUGCUGCCAGCGGAAGGAGGGCAUACCCUGACCCAGCCAAAGGAAGCCUGACAGGCCCGGGGCGGACGCCACGCGGCCCGGAAAGCUUCGAGGCCCUGGUCAGGUGUCUGCUUUGACCAGGAACACGUGGGUGUGCAUACUGGGUGCCGCUUGCUGACCCUGAUGAUGCAGCUACAGGGAGCCUCGCCUGUGGUGCUUCCCUUCGUCGAGGGCCUGGGCAUCCCCCUUACCUGCCCCAGCGACUGGGUUCGGGGUUCACCGGCAACCUGGACCACUGAGGACAGAGCUGGGGACAGAGCCACUGGCAGGUCCCUGCACUGAACUGAAGGGUUUUCGCCAAAACUGCUUUUGUACCUUUGGACAGAUUGUUUUUUGUGUCUCUGGUCAGUAUCAUUGGUCAUGUUUUAAGUCUGAGAAUUGAGUCAGUUUCACAUCGAUUAGGUUUGAUGGCAUUGUGGUGUGUCCUAGAGUUCAUGGUAAAUAUAAUUCAGUGUUUUCCUGCGUCUUAUUUAAUUUUUUUAACUUUAAUUUGCAUUUGUUUUAUGCCUAGUUUAUUCCCGUGCCAAAAGUUUUUGUUUCUUCUGGGAUAUCUUUUCCUUCUGUGCAGCUUCCUCCUCUGGUUUAGGAAUAGUUGGUUCCUUUUUCAGUCAGGUUCAUCUGUGUGGCAGGGGGAGCUCACGUAUGGUUUAAUCUGGCCGUGAGCUCUGUAAGUAUGGCAGUACAUCUGGGUGCUUUGUUCACCUGGAUAAGUUCAAUGACCAGAGAAUCUACAGCUAAACUUUUAAGCUCAGCAUUACUCUCUGCAUUUUUAAGUAUGUGCAGCAAGAAAUUCACUUUUGGGGCCAUUGACCGUGUCCUGCCCCACUGUUUGGCCUGGACACACCUACCAACUCCACCAUUGUAACUCCGGAAUGGCACACAUUGCUUCUUUAAAGUUACAUCCUUCAGAUACUUGGUGGCCUUUCGUAUAUGCAUACCCUUGAUGGCCUGGGCAGUUUCAUGGGUGUUCUUAAAGUGAACACGAAGAUUUGAGCCUCUUUGCAUAAUUUUGUGGGGUUUUCUGGGUCAAGAGAGUAGCGAACCAUUUUCACAAGUCACCUCUGGCCAUUUACAUGAAAAGUCCUGUGUCCUACUUAUAAGUGUAGUUAUUUGUGUAUAUGAGCUUUAGGUUGGAAAUAUCCGGAUGCUUUUUUCAAAUUAUUUAAGAAAAGCCUUCUAGGGCCAGGGAUUUAGCUCAGCAGUUCG